GGAGACCAGGGGUAAAACUGACAUGAUUCAGUAAUCACUCAAGAAAACCAUACUUUGGCAGAAGAGGAAGCUACUAUACAAUCAAAAAAAUGAGCAACUUUAGACGCCACAGGAUGGGUGGUCAUGAUGCGGAAGAGCUGAAGAACUUCUGGGAAAAGGUCAUCCAAGAGCAAACUAAGCAACAAGAGGCUGAAGAGUCUAGGCUAAGCAAAAGUGCCCUGAACAAACUUCGCCAGGAAUGGACUCUGCAGCUGGAAGGUCGAGUAAGGCAGGUCCAGGCGCACAUGAAAACACGGCAAGAACAAAUGACACCACUGUCUAUCGAGGCUCUUCCUACACCAGAUAAAACUGUUGCUUAAAGUUGCUGUGCAGACACAGCAAGCACUGGGCCUAAUUCUGACCUUCUGCAUGCAUCUAGAAACCAGCAGUUACACUGCUGGCCAACCAAAUGAUUAGAUUCUGCCCUUUUUCCAAAUUAUUUACUAGAGCUACUAUUAAAGUCCUAUUGAAAUUCAGUGUAAGAAUAAGGCCACAGGGGAAAAAAGCACAAAGGAAUAGAUGAGAAGCAGACAAUUCUAAUUUUUCCAUGAUAUAUUAUUUCUGUAAUGUAUCAGGACUCUCUUAUGUAAC